CCGCGUCCUUCCGAAACUUUACUGGUCGUCGUCGACAUCAACGACGAUGCUCAGCCGUCUAGCUGCCCGCUCUCGGGCCUUCGCGCCCUCAUUCACCAGAUGCAUUUCUUCAUCGCACGUUCGUCGCGCCACAGCCGCAGAAGCCGCCGAGACCAAAACUGCGUUUGAUUACCACACAGUGGAGGACCUUCAGGGCAUGCAUGCCUCAGAAAUUCUUGCAGAGGCGGAUACUAGGUCGGCGACCAAUAUGAGGCAUUUUACCGUUAACUUCGGGCCUCAGCACCCUGCCGCCCAUGGUGUGUUGCGAAUGAUUCUCGAGCUCAACGGCGAGGAAGUUCUCCGUGCAGACCCACAUAUUGGUCUUUUGCAUCGAGGGACAGAGAAGCUAAUUGAAUACAAGACAUACAUCCAAGCGCUACCUUAUUUCGACCGGCUGGACUAUGUCUCCAUGAUGACAAACGAAUUGUGUUACUCGUUGGCUGUCGAGAAAUUGUUGAAUAUCGAAGUGCCGGACCGUGCCAAAUGGAUACGCACAUUAUUUGGAGAAAUCACGAGGAUCUUAAACCAUCUCAUGGCUAUUCUUACGCACGCUAUGGACGUUGGUGCCCUAACGCCUUUCCUUUGGGGUUUCGAGGAGCGAGAGAAACUUAUGGAAUUCUAUGAGCGGGUUUCUGGCGCACGUCUUCAUAGUGCCUACGUUCGUCCGGGGGGUGUAGCUUUUGACCUCCCUCACGGACUAUUGGACGACAUCUUCAAAUGGGCCACCCAGUUUGGAUCAAGGGUAGAUGAAGUAGAAGAGGUUCUUACUGGAAACCGUAUCUGGAAAGAGCGUACCAUCGGAGUCGGCGUUGUUAACGCUGAUGAUGCUCUGAACUACAGCUUUAGUGGUGUCAUGUUGAGGGGCAGCGGCGUGAAAUGGGAUCUCAGAAAGGCAUCACCCUAUGACAAGUAUGACGAAGUUGAAUUCGACAUCCCGGUGGGCCAGCAUGGGGACUGUUAUGAUAGAUAUCUUUGCCGUGUGCAAGAAAUGCGGGAGAGUUUGAGUAUCAUCAACCAGUGCUUGAAUAAAAUUACGCCCGGCGCAUUCAAGGUCGAUGAUCACAAACUCGUGCCACCUCCAAGAGCAAGUAUGAAGGAGAGCAUGGAGAGUUUAAUCCAUCAUUUCAAGAUCUUCUCUGAGGGAUAUUCUGUGCCACCUGGCGAAACCUACAGUGCCAUCGAGGCCCCCAAAGGAGAGAUGGGUGUAUACUUGGUUUCGGAUGGAACGAACAGACCCUAUCGUUGCUCAAUCAGAGCACCCGGUUUCGCACAUUUGGCUGGGAGUGAUUUCAUUAUGCGACAUCACAUGCUAGCAGACGUUGUAGCUAUCAUCGGAACUAUGGAUUUGGUGUUUGGAGAGGUUGAUCGAUAGGACAUAGCGAUUCACCUGGCGCCGACACCGCAAAUGUAUACGAGGUGCGGAUGUAGAAUAAAUCUUAUUACUUCUUUCUCCUCCGCGAUUAUUGGGGUUCCCUUGAGGUUCAUCGGGUGAAGGCUUCCGUGUCGGACCCUUGGUUUUGGUAUGACGUCGUCACUUGACCGCGUCUCAUGCCAUUCGUCCGAGGUUUAUCCGAUGAAAUGUCGUUCGUGAGCACAGAUCCCACG